UUUUAUCUUUUUAAAAGUACAGCAUAUUGCGUGAGAAAUACAUACAUUUGAAUGGAUUUAGAGAUCAAAGGAGUGGCUGCGUCUAGAAGCCAACCUCGCUUAUUUUCUCGACGAAAGAAUUCACUGCAACAAGGAUGGACUUCCAGAUCAUGGGAAAUCCAGAAUCCCUGUCUACCUAUGGUCCCACCACUUGAUUUGGGAAGCCUUGUUGACUCUGAUGAGGAGGAUGAUUUUUCACAAGGGCCACAUAGUACAAUGCACAUUCAUCUCAAGCCACCACAGUUACCUUCUGCUCUGGGUUGGGUUGUGCCAUGUCAAAGACCUUAUACUCAGCAUCAUCCAAACGAAGUGGUACAGGACAUAAUACCCGAGGAUCUGCCAGCACCAACAGGCAAAUACAAGCUAAAAUAUCAGCAAUAUGCAGCUGAAAUGAAAGAGGGAUAUAAACAGCACGUUCAGAGAACGGCAGAAAAGGCAAAAGCAACUAGCAUGCAAGACACUUCAAGAAACAAGGUGAAUGCCAAGUGUGAGCAUGUGGAAGAAGCCAGUGUGGAUGACGACCUUGUGGCUUUGGAUAGGAAAGCCCUGCUACAGCAAGGUUAUGCAGAUAACCCUUACCCUGUAAGGAACAGCGCAAGGCAAUCCGACGCGGAAACCGUAGCUGCAGAGAAGAAGAAGCAAACGGUUGCAGAGCAAAUGAUGCUAGACCACUUAUCCAGGGCUGUCAUCAGUGAUCCAGAACAAGGCUUAAACAUGGAGGAACAAGAGAGUUCUCCUGUCCCUCCAGACCCAGAGGGGGUGCCAAUUCGAGUUAGGAGACGAACUCUGCAUGAAACAAAGAUAAGAACUACCUCCACAUUAACAGAGAAUGACCUUGCUCAGAAAGUAGAAUUUGAUGGAAGGAUCUUAUCAAGAAAUGGACGUGAUGCCUGCAGAGAACUGAUUGGGUUUUUCUUUACCCAUGACCAAUCCCUAACCGUGUAUGAAUAUCGAAAGUUCGGGAAAAACAGAACAAAUGUGCUCCCUUUUAUUAAAAAAGGCACUUACAGUCAUCAGUGUGGACAAAGAAAAGGAAAGCGGUACCGGCUUGGUGACUUCUAUACGGGUGCAACUUUGACAUUUUUGAGCUGCGAUCAUCCUAGCCUUCCAAAGAGCAUAAAAGAAAAUACAUUGUUUAGACUUCGAAUUACAAAUAUCGAUCAAAUAGCGUUGAGUUCUCUGAAAACUGCCUCUGAGGAACACGAGAAGGACACAGUCAGUCGGGAGGCACAGGAUUUGCUGGUGCUACGGGCCGUUCAGGAUAAACUAAAAGAACAACUCCACAAGAGAGGUGUUCGGAUUUUGACUGGAUUGGGAAAAUACUUUCAGCAUUUAGACAAGGAUGGAAGUGGGCUGUUGGAGAAGGCAGACUUUCAGCGAGCUCUGAAAGCUGUUGGCUUAGAAGUGUCUGAACAGGAUUUUGAGUCUUCCUGGCUAAUUCUGCAAGGCAAUGGCCAUGGCAAGAACAAGGUUGAUUAUGGAGAAUUCAAACGUGCCAUGAUUGGUGAAAUGAAUGAAUAUAGGAAAUCGUUUGUUCGUAAGGUCUUCAUGAAACUGGACUUCAACAAAACUGGCGUUGUGUCUUUUAUAGACAUAAGAAAGUGCUACUGUGCAAAGAAGCAUCCGCUUGUGAUUUCAGGACAUUCAAUGGAGGAGGAAAUCAAAUCAUCUUUUCUAGAGACAUUAAGAGAUGCCUGCAGCAAGUCUGAUGAAGUUUCAUAUGGUGAAUUUGAAGAUUACUAUGAAGGCCUAAGUAUAGGGAUAGCAGACGAUGAAGAUUUUGUCAGCAUCUUACGUACUCCAUGGGGGAUUUAGUUUUAAAUAAUGCACAAUCUCUUCAGCACCAAGUAUUUUAUAGAAAACUUGAGUUUUAUAUAAAAUGUGAUUAAUUUGUAAUAUAUUUUUCUAAGAUUAUUUAAUUUUUUUCCCAAAAGUCUUGGAAGACCUAUUUAGAAAUAGGUACAGAUAUGUUUGCUAGCACACAUGCAUGCUUACCUGUCCAAAUGUUUGUAAAGACAGGUCUCUUGUCUUACUCCUUAUCCUUUUAUUUUAGAAAAAUAGUUUAGAAAUUAGCCUCAGCAGAAAAGUAACAUCCCCAUUAAACAAUGCGAGGACUUGUAUAGAGUAAUAAAUUUUCCUAUCCUUUCUCAAUUUUCUUAUAACCAUUUCCUAAAAUAUAGUUGCCAGCAUUCUCAAUUUAAUGACUUGGGAUUCAGAUCAAGGCUGAAAAAUGCAACUUGUUUGAAGCACAAAGUUUUAACGUAUAUAC